UGCGAAAUACGAAUUUGGAUCUGGGUGUAGGUUAUGUUGUUCAGUAGUAAUUUUUAUUAUAUUUAUAAUUUGUGAUAUUUACAACUAAAACAACCAUGCCAAUUUAUGAGACGUUAAGCAGUGAUAAAUUAACUGUCGUUCUUGAUAUAGGAUCUGCAUAUACAAAAUUUGGCUUUUCUGGUGAAUUUGCUCCUAGGACAAUUAUAAAAUCGGUAGCUAGAUGUAAGAAAUCUGGUCAGCUAAGAAGAAUAUGGGAUUACGAAUCUGCUGAAGAUCUUUAUGAUCUAUUGGUAGAAUUCUUGCAUGUAAUUUAUUUUAGAUAUGCUCUCUUAAGUCCAAAAGACAAACCUGUAAUCAUUGUUGAAUCCUUGCUCUGCCCGACUCUGUUUAGAGAAACUUUAGCGAAGGUUUUAUUUUCCCACUAUGAAAUAUCAAUGAUGCUUAGUUUACCUUCACAUUUAGUUAGUCUGGCCAGUAUUGCAGUUGAUACUGCUGUGGUUGUAGAUAUUGGAUACAAAGAAGCUGUGGUAAUUCCAGUUUGUCAUGGUUUGCCAAUGAUCCAAGCUUGGCAAGCACUACCUAUAGGAGCUGAAGCUAUACACAACAAAUUGAGAACACUGCUUAGUGGUAACAACACAGGAAUACAAAAUUUAUCAGAAGAAACAUUGGAGGAUAUUAAAGUAAGAUGUUGUUUUGUAACAGAGAAAAAUAGAGCUGAACAAUUAGCACAAGCAAAACCUGAUAUAGUUGCUUGUCCAGAUGUGAAAUAUCCAAUAGGUGGAACAGAGAGUAUAGUAGUUACUGGAAAAGUCAGGGAAAGAACUUUUGAAAUAUUGUAUGAGGAAGAUAAUGAUCACUACUGUUUGUCAACUAUGAUACUUGAUGCAAUAUUACAAGUAGAUCUAAAUCUUAGACAGAAAUUAUCUGAGAAUUUGUUAUUAAUUGGUGGAACAACUAUGAUACCAGGUUUCAAAGCCAGAUUAAAAGAAGAACUAGAGCAUCAAUUGAAAAAUGAACGUUACAGCAAAUUACAUUUGAAAGGAUUUGGUUUUCAUUCUGCUCCGUGCAAAGAAAAUUAUACUGCAUGGCUAGGAGGUGCAAUAUAUGGGGCAACUGAGCUUUUGAACAUGAAGGCAGUAACGAAAGAAAUUUAUUUUAAAGGCAACAAAUUACCUGAUUGGGUCCAUCUAAGAGAAGGAGGUCGAACGCUUUAGAUGUUUUUAUAAUUUUUAUUCUUAUUAAUUUUUAUAUGUGCAUUAAUAAUACCUUUCUUGUUCUUCUGGCAUCUCAGCUUUUUUGCAAAUAAUAUUUUGUGAAUAAACAGAUAUUUUAGAUGAAACAGUUUGUGAAAUAAAUUCUUUUUACUUCAGUUUCAACUUCCACAUCAGAAAUUUUAAACAUAGCUACCAAUGAGCAAACGGAAAAGUCAAAUAAAGGAUUUAAUAAAUAUCUUACACUCAUGUAUUAAUCAAAGCUUAUUUAUUUAUAAUUGUAUACCUAUUUAAUAAAAUAAAUUUUUUAUUAAC